UGUAGCAUAAACCCUAAAUCUCAAUUCCCACACAGACUAACCGCAUUUUCCGAUACCUACACGAAGCGGCGCCGCCACGAUGAGAGCCGGAGGCAUUCUGGCUGCUUCGAAAACGGAGCUCAAGAAGAAACAGGAGCAAGCAAAGAAAUCGAAAUCAUGCGGAUUCGAGUCUCUGGGACUGAGUCUCAACAUCUACAAUGGGGUGAAGAAGAAGGGUUACAGGGUUCCGACGCCCAUUCAGAGGAAAACCAUGCCAUUGAUUAUCACAGGAUACGACGUCGUCGCCAUGGCACGCACUGGCUCUGGCAAGACGGCGGCGUUUCUGAUUCCCAUGCUCCAGAAACUCCAGCAGCACGUGCCGCAGGCUGGAGUUAGGGCUCUUAUUCUGUCGCCCACGCGUGACUUAGCUCUUCAGACUUUCAAAUUCGCCAAAGAACUUGGCCGCUAUACAGGCCUUCGCGCUAGCUUACUAGUUGGUGGUGAUAGUAUGGAAAGCCAAUUUGAGGAAUUGGCACAGCGUCCUGAUUACAUAAUUGCUACUCCUGGUAGGCUUAUGCAUCAUUUGGAAGAGGUUGAGGACAUGUCUUUACGCACUGUGGAAUAUGUUGUUUUUGAUGAAGCCGACUGCCUCUUUAGCAUGGGAUUUGCAGAACAGUUGCACAAGAUCCUUGCACAGCUGAGCGAGAAUCGUCAGACUUUGCUUUUCAGUGCAACUUUACCGAGUGCCCUUGCUGAGUUUGCAAAGGCUGGUCUUAGGGAUCCUCAACUAGUCAGGCUCGAUUUGGAGACGAAGAUAAGUCCGGACUUGAAACUUUGCUUUUUCACUUUAAGAGAGGAAGAAAAACAUGCUGCAGUGCUUUAUUUGGUAAGGGAUCAUAUACGUUCUGACGAACAGACUCUAAUUUUUGUUGCAACCAAAUAUCAUGUCGAGUUUCUCUAUGCUAUGUUCAAAGAAGAUGGUAUCAAGGCAUCUGUUUGUUAUGGAGAUAUGGAUCAUGAUGCCCGCAAGAUUCAUGUAUCAGAAUUUAGGGCUAGAAAGACUAUGUUGCUGAUUGUGACAGAUGUGGCUGCAAGAGGAAUUGACAUCCCCUUACUUGAUAAUGUGAUCAAUUUCGACUUUCCUCCGAAACCCAAGCUCUUUGUACAUCGUGUGGGGAGAGCUGCAAGAGCUGGUCGAACCGGCGCUGCAUAUUCUUUUGUUACAUCAGAGGACAUUGCUUACAUGUUAGACCUUCAUCUCUUUCUCUCGAAACCGAUCAGGCCUGCUCCAACAGAGGAAGAGCUGCUGAAAGAUAUGGAUGAUAUUAUGACUAGAAUAGAUCAAGCCAUGGCGAAUGGAGACACUGUUUAUGGGCGUUUGCCCCAGAGACCUAUAGAUCUGAUUUCAGACAGAGUCCGAGAAAUACUUGAUUCAUCUGCAGAAUUGAGUACUUUGAAGGGACCUUUAUCGAAAGCAUUUGGAUUGUACUCAAAGACGAAAGCGAAACCAUCCAAGGAGUCCAUUAAAAGAGUGAAAAAAUUGCCUCGUGAAGGUUUACAUCCAAUGUUUAGGAAUGUCUUGGGUGGCGACGAACUAACAGCUUUGGCCUUUUCUGAGCGUCUAAAAGCAUUUAGACCCAAGCAAACCAUUCUGGAAGCUGAAGGGGAUGCUGCAAAAUCAAAAAAUCAUCAGGGAUCUGCUAGUCAAUGGUCUGAUAUAAUGAAGAUUAAAAGAGCUGUUCACGAGGAGGUGAUUAAUAAAGUUCAGCAACAGCGUUCCAGAGAUGAUGAUGCUAAGAAGGAAACUGAAGCUGAUGACAUUCCAAAAACCAAGCGGAAACAAGUAUCUGGCAUGAAAAGGAAAACCCAGAGUUUCAAAGAUGAUGAGUAUUUCAUAAGUUCUGUACCUGUAAAUCAGCAUUUUGAAGCAGGACUUGCAGUGAGAGGUAACCAAGGCUUCGAAUCAAAUAGGUUGGAUGCUGCAGUUCUAGACAUCAAUGCCGAUGAUGGUUCUGGAAUGCAGAAGCAGAAAUCUACAUAUCAUUGGGACAAGAGAAGCAAAAAGUAUAUCAAGCUGAAUAAUGGAGAUCGUGUGACGGCCAGUGGGAAGAUUAAAACAGAAAGUGGCGCGAAAGUGAAAGCCAAGAGCACCGGGAUCUACAAGAGAUGGAAAGAAAAAUCACACAGCAAGGUAUCUCUUAGAGGAACAAACGACAGCACUGCAGAUGGAAGUGCUAGUUCAUCAGGUGCUUCUGGUUUCCGAGGGGACAAACGGGGAUUCAAGGGCGGAAGAAACCUUAAAAGACCGGUACACAAUGCCCAUGUCCGAUCUGAGAUCAAGGAUCUCAACCAGGUUAGCAAGGAUCGACAAAAGAAGGCGGACCGUGUUUCUUAUCUUAAGAGCCAACAGAACAAGAAAGGAAAGAAGUUUGGAAAGAAUAGCAAGAGAGGAAUGAGUAGCAAUAGAGGAAAGGGCAGUGAUGAUAGAGGAAAGAGUGGCUAUAGAGGAAAGGGUGCUGAUGAUAGAGGAAAGAGUGGCAAUAGAGGAAAGAGUGGUGGUGGGAAGUUUGGAAGUAAGGGAAAGUUUGAUAACAAAGGAAAGAGUGGUGGUGGCAAUAGAGGAAAGGGCAAGUACUAGGGUUGGUUUGCCUAUAACUUGCAUAAACUAAAAUUAAUGGAAUAUAUGUAAAUUAUGGCCAAGUUAUAGCUGAGCUGCACUGUAUCCAAAUUUUGAUAUUUAGUGUUGUAAUAACAUUUCAUCAGUCAUACGACUUUGAGGUUUUUAUUUUAA